AUGCUGCAUAUAUUACGAGAAAUAGGUAUUGAACAACAAGACCUACGAAUCAUUCACAAUCUGUACAAGAACCAGACAGCCUGCAUUAAAAAAGGAAAAAUCACAACUAACGCUCAAAUAAAAAAAGGAGUCCGACAAGUGUGUACGCUAUCACCACCACACUUUAACUGCUACAUCGAAAAAGCUAUAUAUAUAGUGAAAGCAAAGCUAACAAGAUUAAAUAUUGGGAUCAAAAUUGGUGGAAAAAUCGUUUCAAUGAUACGAUUUGCUGACGACAUUGUGGUAAUAGCUGAGAGUGAAGGUGACAUACAGCGUGCAGUUGAAGAAAUGGAUGAAAUACUCAGAACAUCAGAAAUGAAAAUAAAUAGUACAAAAACGAAGAUCUUAUUCUGUGCCAGAAACCCAAAAGUAAAAGAUGAUGUAUAUAUUGGUAAUCAAAAACUGGAACAGAUAGAAGAAAUGGUAUACCUUGGAAGUAAAAUCACAUCUGAUGGCAAUAGUGUCCACGAGAUUAAACAAUGCAUAGCAUUAGCAAAAAUUGCCUUUAGUAAAAAACAUAAGUUGCUCACUUCAAAAAAGAUACAUCUUAAUAUCAAAAAGAGACUCAUAAAAACAUAUGUAUGGAGUAUUGCAACAUAUGGAUGUGAAACUAGGGUAAUAAAUGAUACAGAAAAGAAAAAAAUAGAAGCGUUCAAAAUGUGGUGCUGGAUGCGUACGGAAAGGAUAAGUUGGAUAGAGCGGAAAACGAAUGAAGUACUUAGAACAGUGGGAGAAAAACGUACACUCAUAGAUGCGAUUAGAGGAAGAUGCUGGAAAAUGGUUGGACAUGCCCUGAGACACCUGGAAAAAUUGCAUAAUGUAAUAUUGGAGGGUAUGAUAGAAGGAAAGAAAACUGCAGGACGUCGGCGGAACUCGUAUAUAGGACAAAUUAAAAUCGAUGCAAAAGUCAAAACCUUCAAAAAACUCAAAGAAAAGGCGAGGAAUCGGUUUGAAUGGAGAAUUGGAGUUGUAAACCAACCUUCGGAUUGA